AUGUGGCGUCGCGUCGUCGUGCGCGCUGCAGCGCGUAAGAGCAGCUCUCGACGCGCGCUGUCUGCCGCCGCCCCGAGCGCUGCGCCGUUGUAUGUGUCGUGUGGUCGUGCAGGGCGCAGGUGUCCCGUCUCUGGGCGCUAUGCGUCGUCGUCGUCGUCCAGCUCGACGCCGUCUCGCUUCCUGAGUCUGGCGGACGAGGAGGGAGACGGGACUGCAGAACGACGAGGCGGGGCAGAUGGAAACGAUGGCGGCGAUGACGAAGACCGUGCGCAGGAGGAGGAGGAGGAGGACGGCGAUAGUGAGGGCCAAGACGGUGACAUUGAGGUGGACACGAUCCCAGACGUGAAUCGCGGCGGCGUCAUGGAGAACGACGAGCUGGACGACCUCGUGAUGGAGCUGUUCAUGGAGAACCCGUUGCGGUGGACGUCGGAGGUCCUGGCACGCAAGUUCCGCCUGUCCAAGCCUCGCGUCGAAGCGAUCAUCUGGAUGAAGCGCAUGGAAGCAGAGCUCUCGCCCGAGGAGUUUCGCGCCAAAGUGCACGAAGCAAAGGACAAGGCGAAGCGCGAGAUGGACGCACAAGCCGCGAAACUUGCUGAAGCUGAAGCUGCUGGUAAUGCAAAAGAGGCGGCGCGCUUGAAAAAACGCAUCCGGCAAGAAGAAGAGGCGACGCAGCCGGAUGACGAUGAGGAGCUCGAUGCUCGGGAAGAGGCGGUGCUGAUGGGCAUGGACGACGACGCGUUUCGAAACCCUGACUUUUUCUUCCUCAGUGAUGAGUUUGAAGGAUACCCGCCGCUUGUGCGCCGCAUGGGCAAGCACGGCCACACGGACCAGUUGCACCCUGAGGAGGCGCUCGAGCUGCAGCGACUGGCAGGGAAGAACAAGAUUGACGUGCAAAAGAGCUUUGCGAACCCUGCAUACAGCAAGACGAAGGCCAAGUUCCGUCUGGCGGUGAAGGACAUUACGAGCAAGAAGAAGCACUUGCUCGUGCGGGACGAGAGCCGUACACUGCGUCUAGCUACGAACGAUGAAGUGCUGCCCCGCACGUGGGUGCGCAGACCAGCGCAUUUUCGUGGACUGGACAAGGAGCUGGCCUAA